AUGACUGUGAAAACCAUUACAAAGAAAUUGAUAACAGUAUUAUGUUUAAAAGGUUGCCAUGGUUCGGGUAAGACUGAAUUAUGUAAAUACUUUUCAAAAGUUGGGUUUACUGUCUUAGAUGAAGCAUUUUUAGACAUGCCAACUUUUUCUAUACCAAAUCAAUCACUAACCAUGGAAACCGUUUGGGUCUCAAAUUGGUUUCAAAGAUUACUAAAGAUGGAGUUAAUUGAAAAUUCAAAUAAUAAUAAUAAUAAUAAUAAUAAUAAAAAUAAUAAUAACCACAAUAUUAAUAAAUUUGAUAACCAACAUCAUAAAGUUUUUAUUGCUGACCGAUCUCCAUUUUCAGCUAUUUUAUAUUCACAAAAUAACGGUCAUUAUUUAGAUCCAAUCAUAAGUGAACAAAUUAAAGAAUUAAAAAAAUAUACCAAUAUAGAUAUAAAAACCGUUUAUUUAAGAGUUGAAAAAGAUGUACUAUGGGAAAGAAUUCAAAAAAGAUUACAAGAACAACCUGAAAGGAAAAAAUAUAAUGAAGAUAAUUACCAGUGGAUGCACGAUACUGUCAACUUUUACGACUCUCGUAAAUGGGAUUAUGUCAUUGAAAAUAACACCUUUUCCCCUGAAUCAAUUUUCACUCAAUUAACAACUCCAAUUUUAGAAAAACAAGAACAACAACAACAAAAAUAA